AGAAGUCAUCGGUUGAGUAUCCAAAAGACGCAAAUUUUUGAAAAUAUCUUAUCGUUUUAUCGAUUCUCAUGUAUAAAGUCGCCAACAAGUAAACAAUCAAUAACAAAAUGCGAAAAUUAAUUGUAGCUACAUGUUUGAUAACCCUUGUGUGGGGUUACCACGUCAAAACCCAAGAUUUUGAUGUGGCCAUUGAAAGUAUUGAAUUUACGAAAAUUCCGGCAAAGUAUAACUUAAAUUUUGCAAAUGAAGAAGUUCUAAAGGAAAUUAUUGGAGGAAUAAAGCGACCGAAGAGUGGAACUGAAGCAAUCUUGAAUGAAUACGCGGAUAAAAUUUUCCAAAAUAUCCAAAAUCUGAUGAUUCAUGGCGGUUUUGACCCAAUUGAAAUGCCCGACAUGCACACGGGUUUCAACUAUACUCUGAUCAUCACGUACCAUGGCGAGCUGGACUUGACCCAUGGCUGGUUGAGCGACUUGUCGACCAUCCAUCGAAGUGGCGAUGUUGUCGUUUCCUACAGUUCCAAUACCAAGUAUUUGGAAAUCACAGUUCCAAUAGCCUUCGAUGACUUACAAUUCACUUAUGACUACAGUGCCAAAAUCAUGGGCUUGGGACCCACGGGUGGUAUCGAAGGUAAAGCCAAUUCGGUGGGUGUGCGAGUGAAAAUUGGGUUCAAUGUUGAGACUUUGGAGGCGUCUUUAGAUGAGUUUAGUAUCACGAAUUCGGGACGUAUCACUUUUCAUUUUAAUGGAAACGCACUCAUUGACUGGCUUCUCAACUUGUUGACUGACGUGACAACAAUUCUUUUAAAACGAGUUAUUUUGUUAGUGGUCGAAAAUGUUAUUAAAGGAGGUUUGUCAGCGGCUAUUGAUGCGAUAAAUGAGGCGAUUAAUGGGUUCUUGAAUCCUACGACUCCGGUUCCUGACACUACACCCGCACUUUUAUAUUAUAAAUAGCAGUAUUUUGAAACGCAGAAAAAUAAAGAAAAACUUAGUAACAAAUAAAAGUAAGAACACAUAAUA